AUGGCUCUCGCCUCGAAGACCGCGGCUGGGUGUGCUGGAUCGGCCCGCCUGGCAGCUCCCCGUGUGGGAACCAGCGUGCAUGUCGGCGUGUCUCGCACUACUGUGGCGAGCUUUGCCUCGCCCAGCGGCGUUAUCGGCCGCGCUGCGGCAUUGCGCCAGGUCGUCGCCGCCGCCACUGCUUCGGUGAGCGCCCCCGCUGCGCCCUCAACCAGCGCCAAGGCCACCGAGCAGAAGCCCACCGUCAUCAUCACCGGCGCCUCCAGCGGCCUCGGCCUCAACGCGGCCGCAGCCCUGGCCAAGAGCGGCGACUGGCACGUGGUCAUGGCGUGCCGCGACUUCAGCAAGGCUGUGUCUGCGGCUAAGCGCCUGGGCUUCCCCUCCGGCUCCUACACCGUGAUGCACCUCGACCUCGCCAGCCUCGACAGCGUGCGCCAGUUCGUGGACGCCUUCCGUGCCAGCGGCCGCCGCAUCGACUCCCUCGUGUGCAACGCUGCUGUCUACCUGCCGACCGCCAAGGAGCCGCGCUUCACUGCCGACGGCUUUGAGGUGUCUGUGGGCACCAACCACCUGGGCCACUUCCUGCUGGCCAACCUGCUGCUCCAGGACCUGGAGGCCUCGCCCUCGGCCAACCCCCGCAUGGUGAUCGUGGGGUCCAUCACGGGCAACACCAACACCAUGGCGGGCAACGUGCCGCCCAAGGCCGACCUGGGUGACCUGUCUGGUCUGCAGGACGGCGCCGUCAUGAUUGACGGCAAGGAGUUUGACGGUGCCAAGGCCUACAAGGACUCCAAGGUCUGCAACAUGCUCACCAUGCGCGAGUUCACGCGGCGCUACGCCGGCAAGAGCAAGGUCCAGUUUGCGUCGCUCUACCCCGGCUGCAUCGCCGAGACUGGCCUCUUCCGCGAGCACUACGGCGCAUUCAAGUGA